AUGUCUUCUACAAGCGCCGAAGACUCCAUCCAGGGGCCCACUCGUUCAAGGCCGAUACUGAGGCUUGAUAUUGCUUCCGCUUUGAGGUCGGAAGACGCGAGAACGCCGAUUCUAAUCGGAGAAUAUCAAAUUCCUAUCAUGUCUCUGGAAUCGGCAAAAAGUGAAGUAUCAAAUCACCCUCUUCCAGACAUCGUAGAACAGCGUGAGAAUUCAAGAGACAGACUUCACCGCUCUGGUGAUGCAGGGACUCACGACUAUCUCCAUUGGGCUUUAGAACAUAAUGGCAAGCAGCCAUGCAACUCAUGGGAUAGUUGCAGCUGUGUGGGCGGCAGUUAUGAAACUGACUCGGAUGAAUCUGAGCCAAUGACGGAAGGCGAACUCGCCCAGAGACGAAUCAGACUCCAGGAGACGUACAGAGACUUAGAAGCCUUGACGCCGAGUCCGGUGAGCUCUCAGCUGCAUGCUGGAGAUACGAAUUAUGAAGCCACAGAGGCCAUAGACACGGACCUUUCCGAUUUCCUAUUCGUGGAAAAUGGCCUCCACAGGGAAGAUAUCGCAGUCGAAAACCAGAACAUGAGCCAAACAUCGGAAGAUGCAGUCGGUGCAGUAGAACUCUUGGACGAUCUGCAAUCCGAUCUGGGCAACGCCACAUCUAUUAUAGAAGACGGCCAAGAAAGUAUAAAGAACGGUGGGACUAACAAGACAGUCGAAGAACCAGAGGUUGGUCGUCGCACAAGAUUCCACGAACACUUGAAUUCACUCGAUGCACCAGGAUUCCGUUUGAGUUUGGCCGGCCUUGCUCCCCUUCAACAGUCUGCCCCAAGGGAAGACUCUAACAGUGCUAUCGAGACGACUAUUUCUGACAAUGAUUCUGAGCACGCUUCCACCGCUUCGCGGCACAGGGGAAUAUUCAUUCCAACAUGGCUAUGGUGCGUCUUAUGGAUCGCUCUCAUUGGCUUCUUCAUAGGCUUCUUCAUCAUGAUGAGCUUAUUCAUUGCGUUUAGACAUGAGGGCAUGCUUCACGUAGGAAAGGUUUCGCCAUGCAGUACCCCUCAGCCAUGUGUGUGUGAUAUUUCGCCUUCACCAUUUAAUAGUGCACAUGGCCUGGAUGAAAGAAACUAG